AUGCCCAGUAAACACAGAAACCCCAGGUGGUCCUAUGAACCGGAGCACAGCUGCAGCUCCCUAUAUGAGGACAGAUGCACAACGGUAGCACCAGGGAGCACGGCAUCUUCAUCUACACCUGGAGAAGGAAGCACUGGAAGCACCAGUACAGCUGUCAAAUCUGCAGGCACGACUUCCGCAACCACGACUGGAGCACCAGGCAGCUCCACCUCACAGACUACAACUAACAGAACCCCAGGAGUGACUACAACCGGAGCACCGGGCAGCCCAUCAUCACCAAGUACAACCCCAGGAUCCUCAGGACCGGCCACGACUGGAGCCCUAGGAAGCUCCCCAUCAUCCAGUACCACCAGCACAAUGGGCCCUGGAGCCACAUCCCCUGGAAGCCCAGCAGCAGGCGCAACGUCCACAUCCACAACUGGAAUACCAGGAAGCUCUGCGUCAACAGGUCCAAUGAGCAAAACCCUAGGAGUGUCAUCCGGUACCACUGGUGCCCCAGGCACUGUAGCCACAUCUCCUGGAAGCCCAGCAGGUACCACCACUGGAGGCCUGGGCACCGCAGGUGCAUCAGGCAGUCCUCCAUCAGAGAGCUCACCUGCAGGUCCCGUCAAAAGCUUUAGCACACCUGCAAGUCCAACAGCAUCAGGUACAGCCAUAACAUCUACGUCUGCAGGAAGUAGCACUGGAGACAUCAGCGCAGCUGUGAAGGCAAUCCCUACUCCCGCACCGACUUCCAUACCGACAACCAGAGCAUCAAGCAGUUCUACCUCUGUGGGGACAACAAACGGAACUCCAGGUUUGUCUACGACUACGGCACCGAGCACAACCGCAGGAUCCUCAGGACCGGCCACAACUGGAGCAACUGGAAGCUCAACGUCAUCUAGUACCACUGGUGAACCACGUACUGGAGUCACAUCUAUUGGCCCGACAAUAGUACCAGGAAGCACGGCAUCUCUGCCUACACCCCGCGAAGGUAGCACUGGAGCCACGGGGACGACUGCAAGAUCGGCAGGCACAACUUCCGCACCCACCACCGGAGCACCCAACAGCUCUGUUUCAGCAAGUACCACAGACAUAACCCCAGGAGUGUCUACGACUGGGUCACCUACCAGCUCAGCAUCAUCAAGUACAAUCCCAGGAUCCUCAGCACCAAACACGGCCGUAGCACCGGGAAGCUCUGCAUCAUCCAGUACCACUGGUGCACCGAACACUAGAACCACAUCUCCGGGAACCUCAGCAGCCACGACUCCUUCAGCGACUUCCACACCUACAAGUGGAGCACCAGGCAGCUCCUCCUCAGCAGGGACAGCAAGUGGAACUCAGGCUCUGUCUACGACCAUGGGACCAGGCAGUUCGGCAUCAAGUACAACCCCAGGAUCUUCAGGACCGGCCACAAGCGGAACACCAGGAAGCUCUGCCUCAUCUAGUACUGCUGGCCCACUAGGCACUGGAUCCACAUCCACUGGAAGCCCAGCGGUUUCAGGCCCAAAGGUAGCACCGGAGAGCACGACAUCUUCACCUACACCCGGAGUAGGUAGCACUGGAGCUACAGCCACGGCCGCCACAUCCGCAGGCACGACUUCUACGCCCACUACCCCAGCCCCAGGCAGCUCUGCCACAUCGGUUACAUCAAAUAAAAGCCCAGGAGUAUCUACAUCCGAAGCCCCAGGGAGUUCCGCCUCACCAGAUCCAUCAAAGUUGACCCCGGGGGUGUCUACAACUGGAGCAUCGGGCAGCUCUGUCUCAUCCACUACUACUGUUGCAUCAAGCACUGGAGCCACGUCUACGAGGAGCUCAGCGGCAGGCACGACGGUAGCACCAGGGAGCACGGCAUCUUCGUCUACACCUGGAGAAGGAAGCACUGGAAGCACCAGUACAGCUGUCAAAUCUGCAGGCACGACUUCUGCAACCACGACUGGAGUACCAGGCAGCUCCAUCCCACCGACUACAACAAACAGAACCCCAGGAGUGACUACAACCGGAGUACCGGGCAGCCCAUCAUCACCAAGUACAACCCCAGGAUCCUCAGGACCGGCCACGACUGGAGCCCUAGGAAGCUCUCCAUCAUCCAGUACCACCAGCACAAUGGUCCCUGGAGCCACAUCCCCUGGAAGCCCAGCAGGCCUGACGAUAGCACCAGGAAGCACGACAUCUCUGCCUACACCCCGAGCAGGUAGCACUGGAGCCACGGGCACGACUGCCAAAUCGGCAGGCACAACUUCCGCACCCACCACCGGAGCACCCAACAGCUCUGUUUCAGCAAGUACCACAGACAUAACCCCAGGAGUGUCUACGACUGGGUCACCUACCAGCUCAGCAUCAUCAAGUACAAUCCCAGGAUCCUCAGCACGAAUCACGACCGUAGCACCGGGAAGCUCUGCAUCAUCCAGUACCCCGGGUGCACCGAGCACUAGAACCACAUCUCCGGGAACCUCAGCAGAAACAACUGUAACACCAGGCAUCCCAGCAUCUUCACCUACCUCUUCAACAGCUAGCACUGGAGCCACUGGAGCCACUGUGACCUCUGGGCCCCAAAUUUUGUAUUCAGUGAUUGCUGUCAUAACAUUUUUCCACUUGUCAGCAGGCACAGCUUCCUCAGGCAGUUCUGCCUCACCAGGCAAAACAACCGGAACUGCAGGCUUGUCUACGACCACAGUAGCAGGCAGCUCAGCAUCUCCAAGUACAACCCCAGGACCGGUUACAACCAGAGCACCAGGCAGCUCAGCAUCACUAAGUACAACCCCAGGAACCUCAGGAUCGGCCACGACCGGAGCACCAGGAAGCUCUACGUCAUCCAGCACCACAGUUGUACCGAGUACAGGAACCACAUCCACUGGGAGCCCAGCAGUAUCAGGUACGACAGUGGCACCAGGGAGCAUGACACCUUCACCUACAAACAGAGCAGGUAGCACUGGAGUCACCAGUACAGCUGCCAGAUCUGUAGGCACGACAUCCACACCUACAACUGGAGCACCAGGCAGCUCAGAGUCGCCAGGUAGGACGAACGGAACCCCAAGAGUGUCUACAACUGGAGCACCGGGCAGCCCAUCAUCCCCUAGUACAGCCCCAGCAUCCUCAGGACCGGCCACAGCCAAAACACUGGGAAGCUCUGCAUCACCCGGUACCACUGGUACACAGGGCCCUAGAACCACAUCUCCUGGAAGCCCAACUGGAACGACCGUAACACCAGGCGGCCUGGCAUCUUCAUCUUCAACUGCAGCAGCUAGCACUGGAGCCAUCAGCACGACUGUAGAAUUCGGCAGCACCACCAGAGUGGGAACACAGGUCUCUUCGUUGUCUACAGCUGCAAUUCCAAAUCAUACAUUUGUAUUUUCAACCUCUGAAUGCCCACCUCCACCUCCUCCAGUCUGUCGUGGUCCCAUGGGUGAAGAAAAAGCUCCUGGGGAAACCUGGACUUCCAAUUGCCACAACUGCACCUGUGGUGAUGCAGGGACUGUUUCAUGCCAAACCAAGGCAUGUCCUCCUCCACCAACGUGCAAAAAUGGAGAAAGGUUGAUAACAUACAAACCCAAAGACUCUUGCUGUGAAUUUUCAUACUGUGAACCAAGGACUUGCUUGCAUAACAACACAAAAUAUGAGAUUGGCAAAUCAUUUGGUGAUCUAUACAACCCUUGUCUCUCCUACUCGUGCUCUGAAACUGGCCUUAUUGCAGUGGUCCAAGAUUGUCCCAACCAGAAGUGGUGUGCAGAAGAAGAAAGAAUAUAUGAGGCCAACGGAUGCUGCUACACUUGCAUGAAAAAAUGCAAACUAGCUCCUGUGAAUGUAACCAUUAAAUUCAAUGGCUGUACCAACAAGAUCGAAAUGGCUAGAUGCAGUGGAGAAUGCCAAAAUACUAUCAAGUAUAACUAUGACACCCAUCAAGUGGAGAAUUCAUGCAACUGCUGUCGAGAAGAUAGCUACGAAAGCCGAGAGGUCGCCCUUAUGUGUCCUGAGAACAAAACAUUACAGUACACAUAUAGACACACCACCGCUUGCUCUUGUUCUGUCAAUUGCUCCAAUCUUCUAACCCCAACUAAAUAGAAUGUUCCAAAGUCUCUUGAAUUGCCACAUUUACUUGACUAUUUAUUUCUCAAGUGGAUGAAACUGACUCACAUGGAAAAAGUAAAUGUUAAUUUCAAUUAAAAAAAACCUAAUUUAUUUUAUCAAAUAUUUUGUUCCUUUAGCCAUCUAAAUGUACGUGAAAAUAAAACAA